AUGGCGCUCGGAGAAGACGACAAGGCUAAAGAGUAUCUUCAAAAAGCGCUCGACAUUACAACUGAAACUGGCGACAGAAAAAGAGAAGGAUCAUAUUAUGGAAAGCUAGGUAAUGUAUUUCAGUCCGUCGGGCAAUACGAUAAGGCUAAAGAGUAUAUCCAAAAAGCGCUUGACAUCACAACUGAAAUUGGCGACAGAGAAGGAGAAGGAACAUGUUAUGUAAACCUAGGUGGUGUGUUUUAUGGGCUCGGGCAAUUCGACAAGGCUAAAGAGUGUCUCCAAAAAGCGCUUGUCAUCGGAAGUGAUAUUGGUGAUAAGAAAGGGGAAGCAGAACGUCUUUUAAAUCUUGGAAUUGUGUCUAGAGCUGUUGGAGAUUAUGAAGCUUCAGAAGUAUGCUUUGAGAAAGCUUUAUCCAUUUCCAGAGAAAUUGGAGAUAGAAGAAAAGAGUUCGAAAUCCUUAAAGGUUACGCCUUUUUGUAUUUAUGUCAAAAAAGAAUCAAAGACUCCCUUUCGUGUCUUCAUCUGUGCAUUGAAAUGUACGAGGAGCUGAGAUAUUUCUUGGGCGACAAUGAUGAGUUCAAAACAUCAUUUCUGGAAGAGUUUGUAAUAUUUCCCUACAAGAUUCUUUGUACUCUGCUUUGUGGCUCUCGAAACACUCGUGAUGCUCUUUAUGUUGAGGAGUUGGGUCGAGCAAGAGGCCUAUCAGACUUGAUGGCAAAGAAGUACUCGGUUGAAACGCACAUCUCUACCAAUCCACGAUCUUGGUUUGGCAUUGAAAACAUUUUAGGAGAGAAAAAUGACUGUACUUGUCUGUACAUUUCUUAUUUUUACUAUGAUCUGUUUUUGUGGAUCUUGAAAUCAAGUGGAAUCCUUCACUGUAAAAUAAUAUCGCUAGAAGAGAAUCUCGUUCAGGCUGGGUUGCCCAAAGAUUUGCCUUUGAGUGAAUUCUUGGCUGAUAAUUUCCGGAGUCUUGGUAUUUUGCCCACUGAAGAUUGCGAAGAUCGGUCUUUAAAUAUGGCUAAAUUGCAACCUCUCUCUCCCGAACAAAAGAGCUCAGCAAGAAUGCGACUCAUGGAAGAGGACGAGGAAAAGAAAGUCAUUUCAAGUCUAUCUUUGUGUUACAAAUUGUUUAUUGCCCCCGUUUAUGAUUUGCUUGAGGAGCCUGAAGUCAUUAUUGUUCCUGACCCCAGGUUGUACAAAGUUCCUUUUGCAGCCCUGAGUGAAAAGGAGGGAGCCGAAUACCUGUCGGAGACUCAUAGGAUCCGUGUCAUUCCUUCUUUGACGACACUCAAAAUCAUUCAAGAUAGUCCAGAGGACUAUCACAGCAACACUGGUGCCUUGAUAAUAGGCAAUCCCAAGGUUGAUGGGCUGCCACCAUUGCCAGGUGCAAGAAAGGAAGCGGAGAUGGUCGGACGACUGGUGGGUGUUCCGCCUUUGGUAGAAGAGGAAGCAACGAAGCAGGCAGUACUUGAGCGGAUAAGUUCAGUGAGCCUGAUACAUUUUGCUGCCCAUGGUGACGCCGAAAGGGGAGAAAUUGCCCUCUCUCCCACUCCUAUUCCCAACAGUCAAAAUGCUAUCCCACCACAGGAAGCUUACAUGUUGACGAUGGCUGAUGUCUCGCGAGUGAAAGUCAGAGCUAAACUAGUGGUACUUAGCUGCUGUCACAGUGGAAGUGGAGAGAUAAAAGCCGAGGGAGUUAUAGGAAUUGCCCGUGCGUUCUUAGGAUCCGGUGCUCGCUCGGUGUUGGUUGCGCUGUGGGCCAUUUCAGACAAAGCAACAGAGCAGCUGAUGAGUCAGUUCUACGAACACCUAGUUAAAGGAGAAAGUGCUAGUGAAUCCCUUCAUCAGGCCAUGAGGUGGAUGAGGAAAAAAGGCUCUACCUAUGUGUCUGAGUGGGCUUCGUUUACGCUGAUUGGAGAUGAUGUGAGGCUCGAGUUUCACAAGCAGAGGAAAGAAGAUGAGAAUAGCUUGAAGUAAACAGACCUUAGAGACUUAGCUGGAUAAACAAAUAGAUGAAGUACAGCAAAUACUCUAUCGGUUAUUUCAUUGUGUAAUUAAAGAAGGGAAAUCUUCAAUUAAGCAUAUUAAUUUCAAUUUUUUGCGUUCUCUUUUCCGAUCUUCUCAGAAGGAGAUAUUGGUUACGUAUCCGAGAAUAUUUUUUUCGGCAUGAAAAUUAUCUUAUCCGGCCGAUAUAAUUAGCACGAAACAUUAUUGACUUAGGGCUCUUAAGCGAAGUGAAAUCAGGAAAGUUAAAAGAGUAGUUUAAGCAUCAAAAACGAGCCAGUCAAGUCUCACAGGUUUUUCUCUCAAAGCCUUUUGUUAUAGGUUUCGUUAACAGAAUCUUAAAUUUUUGAUGUAAAUCUCAACAGAAACCUUUUCUUUUGGUCAGUUCUAGUACAACUUCUAAGUGCUUUAAAGCUGAGGAAUAAAAUAUAAGGAUUUCAAAUAGAACCAUGGAA